AUGUCCCCAUCCCUCCUGGUGUCUGAGCGGCAACUCACAGAUCUACUCCAGUGUUGUACCUGCACGGACUGUCAUUUCACCUCUCAGGGACUUGAGGAUGUUUUUCAGUGCAUCUUGGUGGGAGAAAGUGCAGAAGAAGAGUGUUUCACAGCCAACGGUGCGGAUUACAGGGGAACGCAGAACUGGACCACGCUGCACGGCGGGAAGCCAUGUUUGUUCUGGAACGAGACUUUCCAGCAUCCGUACAACACUCUGAAGUACCCCAAUGGCGAGGGGGGCUUGGGUGAACACAACUUUUGCAGGAACCCUGAUGGUGACGUGAGCCCCUGGUGCUAUGUGGCCGAGCAUGAGGACGGUGUCUACUGGAAGUACUGUGAGAUCCCUGCUUGCCAGAUGCCCGGAAACCUUGGCUGCUACAAGGACCAUGGCAACCCACCGCCUCUGACUGGCAGCAGUAAAACGUCCAACAAGCUCACCAUACAGACCUGCAUCAGCUUUUGCCGGAGUCAGAGGUUCAUGUUUGCCGGGAUGGAGUCGGGCUAUGCUUGCUUCUGUGGCAACAAUCCUGAUUACUGGAAGUACGGGGAGGCAGCCAGUACCGAGUGCAACAGUGUCUGCUUCGGAGACCACACCCAGCCCUGUGGUGGCGAUGGCAGGAUCAUCCUCUUUGAUACUCUUGUGGGUGCCUGUGGCGGGAACUACUCCGCGAUGACAGCAGUGAUCUACUCGCCGGACUUUCCGGACACCUACGCCACGGGCAGGGUCUGCUAUUGGACCAUCCGUGUGCCGGGGGCUGCCCACAUCCACUUCAACUUCACCUUGUUCGACAUCAGGGAUUCGGCAGACAUGGUGGAGCUGCUGGACGGCUACACCCACCGGGUGCUGGUCCGCUUCGAUGGAAGGAAUCGACCACCCUUGUCCUUCAACGUCUCUCUGGAUUUUGUCAUUUUGUAUUUCUUCUCUGACCGCAUCAAUCAGGCCCAGGGCUUUGCUGUCCUAUACCAAGCCGUCAAGGAAGAACAGCCACAGGAGAGGCCCACCGUCAACCAGACGCUGGCGGAGGUGAUCACCGAGCAGGCCAACCUCAGCGUCAGUGCUGCCCGGUCUUCCAAAGUCCUCUACGUCAUCACCACCAGCCCCAGCCACCCACCGCAGACCGUCCCAGGAUGGACAGUUUACGGCCUGGCCACGCUCCUCAUUCUCACAGUCACGGCGGUUGUAGCAAAGAUACUCCUGCACAUCACGUUCAAGGCCCAUCGUGUUCCUGCUGCGGGGGACCUCCGGGAUUGCCGGCAGCCGGGGACCUCAGGGGAAAUCUGGAGCAUUUUUUAUGAGCCUUCUACUUCCAUUUCCAUCUUUAAGAAGAAGCUCAAAGGUCAGAGCCAGCAAGAUGACCGAAGUCCCCUCGUGAGUGACUAA